AAGAAACCAACCAAGCGGCAAGUGGAGAGGGUGUUGAAAAAGGAGGGCUGGACAGUGAAUUGUCCAAAGGCGAUGGAUAUUGUGAAGAACUGGAAACCAUCCCCCAGAUUGAUGCUGGAGACAGACCCAAGAAUCAGCACACAUGUUACUCACCAGGACUGGAGAGGGCUGGUGAUCACAAAUUUCUUGGGAGGAACACGGCUGGGUGUGGCUACAAUGGCGCACUUCUACAAAGGUGACAUCGUCUGCGACUAUCACGGGAAGCUGAUCACAGCCGAGGAGGGGGAAACCAUGAUGAAAGAGCAAAACAUCCAGCCCGGCUUGCUCUUCUUUUUUAAGGUUGGUGGGAAGCAUCUAUGUAUCGAUGCGCAUACCUCCCCGUGUGAGUGCCACCCCGAAAGGGAAACAUUUGGCCGGCAAAUUAAUAAUUCGAGGAAGCAGCCUAAUCUCAAAGCCAAGCAACGCACAGUGAUUGUGGAUGGCCAGAAGCAACACAUCAUCCUCUUCAAGGCCAUAAAGGACAUUGGUGUCAGUGAAGAAAUCCGUUUUGAUUAUAGCAAAAACUUGCUUCAGGUUGAAGGACUGGACAUGGAGUGGCAGGAGGAUUAGGACAGGAUAUCUCUGUACUGUGUAAAUAGUUUGAUCUUAAUUCUCUUUUAGAUAAGGAUCGAAAACUUAAUUUUGAAUGAAGCAUGUGAUCCGUGCAAAGUUAGAAGCAAUAAUAACGAUAUGAAUGAUAAUCAUCACCAGCAUCAUCCAAUAUAAUAAUCAUAACCUUGAUCUUUAAAGUCCAUCAAAAUGGCUCAUGUUUUAUGCAACACUUUUA